AUGCCGCCAGCAGCCAGCCUCGAGUCUACAUCCUCAUCGGUGUCGUCACCCAUCACUCCAGUUAUACCAAACCAGCCACCGAUCCAGACCUACCCUGAGCUAUUCAUCGCUACCGAGCAAACCUCGCAAAGCGGCGAAGUCAAAAAUCGUGUAUUCAAUUACUAUUUCCUCUUCCUAGCUCUGUUGGCUGCUGUCUUGGCUGCUUUGCUGUGGUGGAUGCAUCGUCGAAGGCGGAGAGAGCAAGAACAGAUCAGACUGAGAGGGCAGCAUGCCCUUGUAAGAGAUGUCGAGCGAUGGGCGAUGUACAGAAGCCGUCAAGCACCAGCCGUAGAGGGCCUCAACGAAUCCGGCGAAGCGCCACCGCCGUAUAAACCCAAAGACGAUACUUUCACGACUCUGGAACAUACGGACGAUGCUAUGGACGGGGCUGUCCGUGUUGCGAUCCCGCCGAGAGCUAUUUCGCGCGACGACACAGGACAUAUUCGACUGCCAGAUUAUUCUGAGACUAUGCAGGUUGACAACAACAAUCUGGACACUCGACCAGCAAGAGGACUCGAUGAGACAUCAUCCGCUCGUGUAGGGUCUGUAUAA